UUGGGUUAUGUUGUGGGCAUCUGUUCUAGUUGUCAUUUACAAUGUCACUUACUUGAUUUCCCAAGUUUUUUUGAUGUGCGUAUGUGGUAUUUUCAUUAUAUUUGUAUAAAUAUAAGUGUGCAAGAGAGUACAUAGGAUAUAACAACAUUCCACUAAAAUUGAAUAAAAUAUAUUAAAAAAGAAAAUGUCACAUGACACAAACUUGUACAGAUUAGAAGGGACUGAUGGAAAUCAAACAGGAGGUCUAGUCAUUCGAAAGAAACCUUCGGAUCAUACUUUUAAGAAACCAUCUAUAUUAGGCCUCGACAAGCUUGCAGAAAGAAAAAGAAAAGAACAAUCACUGGAGCCUCUUAAGUCAAAGUCUGACAAAUCUGAGGGAAAAGACAGAAAAUAUCGAUCUUAUGAAGAAGAAACUCCCACUCAUACUGGUGGUGUUAAUUCUGAAGCACAACAGAGACUUGAGUCGCGACUUAAGCGUCAAAGAUUAAAUGCAGAUGACAGAAAUGCUAGAAAUUCAUACAGAGGUCGUGACAGAGACAGAGACAGAGACAGAGAUAGAGAUAGAGACAGAGAUAGAAGAAGAGAUAGGGAAAGCCGAGGCAGAGAUAGUAGUGUAAGGCAAACGCCUCUGAGAUUCAGGGAUGAACCUCAGACGCCCAAAUUCCGGACAAAAGAUCCUACUUCUAGGAGCAAUUGGGACGAUGAUGAAGAUGAGGAACCAAGAAGAUCAAGCUGGGAUCAUCCAACGCCGAACAUUUAUGGCAACAGAGAUGGCCGUGACAGUAUCAGAAGCGAAUUUACUCCUUCUUACAAGUAUAAUUCAUGGAAUAAGGAUUUUAAGAAUUCCGGUGCCACUCCAAUGGUGGAUGGUGAAGAGAAGGAAAUGUGGGAAGAGGAACAGCAAAGGCUAGACAGAGAAUGGUACGCAUUAGAUGACGGAGAGAACAACGCUUUCGCUAACGUGUCCGAGGAGUAUACUCGAAAGAAGGAGAUGGAAUUAGAGGCCAGGAGGCAGAAACGUCUUUCCGCGCAGCAACGACAAAUAAAUAAGGACAAUGAACUGUGGGAGCGUAACCGUAUGUUGACAUCGGGAGUGGUGAGCUCACUAGAUCACGAUGAUGACUUUGACGACGAGGGAGAGACGAGAGUCCACUUGCUCGUUCACAAUGUGGUUCCGCCGUUUCUGGACGGGCGCAUCGUGUUCACGAAGCAGCCAGAACCGGUCAUACCAGUACGUGAUCCCACUUCCGACAUGGCACUGGUGGCAAGGAAAGGUUCAGCGCUGGUCAAAGCGUAUCGCGAGCAAAAGGAGAGACGUAAAGCGCAGAAGAAGCAUUGGGAACUGGCCGGGACGCAUAUCGGUAACAUUAUGGGUGUGCAUGAUCAGCGUAAAGAUGACAAGGAGCGUGCGGGACAAGAAACAGAUUUCAAAGCCGGACAAAAGUAUGCUCAGCAUAUAGGAGCUGGAGAAGUGACGGGGGAGGCUAAACACAGAUCCAUCCAGCAUCAAAGGAGAAGUCUUCCUGUAUUCGCCGUACGUCAAGAGCUAUUAAACGUCAUCAGGGAGAAUAGCGUUGUGAUAAUAGUAGGCGAAACUGGUAGCGGUAAAACGACGCAAUUAACGCAAUACCUCCAUGAAGAUGGCUACAGCCGUUACGGUAUAAUUGGCUGUACUCAGCCUAGAAGAGUUGCUGCCAUGUCUGUUGCAAAAAGAGUGUCCGACGAAAUGGCCACUGCUCUGGGCGACAAGGUCGGAUAUGCGAUACGUUUUGAAGACUGCACUUCGAAGGACACGGUCAUCAAGUACAUGACCGACGGUAUUUUACUGAGAGAAAGUUUGAGAGAAGGAGAUUUGGAACGUUACAGCGUAAUUAUAAUGGACGAAGCUCACGAACGGUCACUUUCCACUGAUGUGUUAUUCGGUCUUCUUAGAGAGGUUGUCGCUCGACGACAUGAUUUGAAGCUAAUCGUAACUUCCGCAACAAUGGACUGCAGCAAGUUCUCCGCUUUCUUCGGCAACGCGGCAACAUUUCAAAUACCGGGACGCACGUUUCCCGUCGAAGUGCUGCAUGCGAAGAACUCGGUAGAAGAUUACGUAGACGCAGCUGUGAAGCAAGUCUUGCAGAUUCACUUGCAGCCUAAAAGUGGCGACGUGCUCGUCUUCAUGCCUGGUCAAGAGGACAUCGAAGUCACUUGCGAAGUUCUGAAGGAACGUUUAGCCGAAAUCGAAUCAGCCCCGCCUCUUUCCAUACUGCCUAUCUAUUCGCAAUUGCCGUCGGACUUGCAGGCGAAGAUCUUCCAACGGUCCGAGGGAGGUUUUCGCAAAUGUGUCGUGGCGACUAAUAUAGCGGAAACGUCGUUGACAGUCGACGGUAUAGUCUUUGUCGUUGACUCGGGCUACUGCAAGUUGAAGGUGUACAAUCCUCGAAUAGGUAUGGACGCUCUGCAAGUGUAUCCGGUGUCGAGGGCCAAUGCUGAUCAGAGGCAGGGCAGAGCUGGUCGUACUGGUCCCGGUCAGUGCUACAGAUUGUACACGCGAAGACAAUACUUGGACGAGUUAUUGUCGACGGGAGUUCCCGAGAUACAACGAACAAAUUUGGCUAAUACGGUGCUGCUGCUGAAGUCGCUUGGAGUUCAAGAUUUAUUGGCGUUUCAUUUUAUGGACCCACCGCCGCAAGAUAAUAUACUGAACUCGCUGUACCAAUUAUGGAUAUUGGGCGCCCUCGAUCAUACCGGACGCUUGACCCCUCUCGGUCGACAAAUGGCCGAGUUUCCUUUGGACCCGCCGCAAUGUCAAAUGCUCAUAGUCGCCUCUCAGCUCGGCUGCACCGCGGAAAUCCUCAUCAUCGUCUCCAUGCUGUCGGUUCCGUCAAUCUUCUACAGACCGAAAGGACGCGAGGAAGAUUCCGAUUCAGCGCGUGAGAAAUUCCAGGUACCGGAAUCGGAUCAUCUGACGUAUCUGAACGUGUACAACCAGUGGAAGGCGAACGGCUACUCAACUUCCUGGUGCAAUGAUCACUUCAUACACGCGAAGGCAAUGCGCAAGGUGCGGGAGGUACGGUCGCAACUCGAGGAGAUUCUGAAGCAACAGAAGAUGGACGUUGUUAGUUGCGGCACCGACUGGGACAUCGUGCGCAAGUGCAUCUGUUCCGCUUAUUUUCACCAAGCGGCACGCUUGAAGGGCAUCGGCGAAUACGUCAACUGUCGUACGGGAAUGCCGUGCCAUCUUCAUCCCACUUCCGCGCUGUUCGGCAUGGGCUUCACACCCGACUACGUCGUCUACCACGAACUCGUGAUGACCGCUAAAGAGUACAUGCAGUGUGUUACCGCGGUGGACGGUCAUUGGCUGGCCGAGUUGGGCCCCAUGUUCUUCAGUGUGAAGGAAACCGGUCGAAGCGGACGUGCGAAGCGGCGGCAAGCGAUGCUGCAUCUCCACGAGAUGGAGCAUCAGAUGAAAGAAGCCGAAGAAGAGAUGAAGGCGCGCGCUCAAGAGCAGCUCGAGCGUGAACAGGCGUCGGUCCGAAAGAAGGAAAUAUUAACGCCUGGCAUCAGAGAACCAGGUACUCCCGCUCCGUACCGCAACACUCCCGGAAGAUUAGGAUUGUAACUUGUUUUUUCUCUUUUUUUUUUUGUAUAUAAGUAGUCGCGGAAAAAAUGACAGAAAUAACAGACGUUAUUGAAUUAUGCCUCGAUAUAAUUCAUCACCUCAGUGAUGACAUUUUCUGAAUCUUAAAUCCUUUGGUAGAUGUUCAUCCUUUUUGCAACACAAACAUGUAACUAUAAUGUAUAUAUAAUUACA